AAGCGGGAAAUCUUACAAGAAGAUUUCCGCCGUCGCGAAUUGGCGGGUCCCGAUGGUACCGGAGUUGCAAGCAUGGGCCGUGGGCACGGCCGUGGAAGGGGCAGAGGGCAAGGAGGCAGAUUUGGCAGCAGCAACUUCAAUGGAGGCCGUGGUAAAGGAGGAUAUGGCAGCAACAACAAUGGCUACGGGCUGCAAGACCCUUGGUGACGUCAACUACUACCUUGGGCUUCACAUUGAGCGAGAUGUGGAGAAGCGGUGGAUGCGAGUGCAUCAAAAGAAGUACUUGGAGGCCUUGGCUGCAAACUUUGGAAAGAUUGAAGGUAGCUGCUGGAGAGAGGGUGGCCAAGUACCUUGGCCAAACAGCAACUGUUGGACUGCAAUACUCCGCGGCGGCACAAAGGCGUCAAAAGGGGGCGGAUGGAGUCGAACCCGGGAGGCUCUUUCUCACCGCCUUCUCUGAUGCAUCUUGGGCAUCAGAACCAGAGGACAUGACAACCCCUUGGAGGGUUGGUUUCGAGACUCUUCAUGGUUGGGGACCCUGUGGUGGUGUACCACCAACCUGGACCUCGGCUCUUGGGGUAUGUAGAGGCUGGGAACCAUUUCCCUCUCGAACUCUUCUUGCUAAGUUUGUACUCCUAAGACUAUA